AUGUUUACAAUUAGUCGUCAAGCAAUAACCAAUGAAGAUGAUGAUGAGGACGACUCGAUAGCUCCCUAUCAUGAACGUGAAGCUUUCAAGUCACUUUGGGAUGCAUUACGAUGGAAACAUGUACGAAAGAGAGUACCACUCUGUUUCAAAAGAACGCUGCACAAUCGAUAUAUGUUAGCUAAUUUAGUUUACUUGAGUUAUACAAUUGCACUUCUAGUCAUUGAUUUUCAUCCAAGUUUUAAUGCAACAUCUUCUGAUAUUUCGACAUCAACGGGAUUAUCCAAUGAUGCAAGGUCAAUGCUCGAUCAACCGGUGAUUAUAAAUAUGCAUGCGAAUAGACUCUAUAUUGCGCUAGCUGGUGUUAAUAUUUUAGUUGCCUUUCUUUACGUUUGGGCAUGGCGUGAUCGAUCAUGGUUUGAUGUUGUCUUGAUACCAGAAUAUUUAAAUCAUGUACAAGCAGUUCUUUACCUUUGGUCAUCAUUAUGGUAUGCAAAACAGAAAACAAUUGGUGAUUAUUAUGCUAUUGCUGUACAUAGAAUAGAACUCUUGGCAUCAUGUGUUGAGCUAUGUACUUCCAUUGGAUGGAUGAUUUCAUGGUAUAUGACAUAUGCGCGUGCACUUGGCCGUGGUUUUACAUUUGAUGAUCCUGAUACAAUGGGUUAUUUAACAACGACAACAAAUACAUUGUUAUAUUUUGUAUAUAAUAUACAGAUGAAUAUUCAUCCUGAACAAUAUGGAAGUAGUCAAUUAUAUAUUUAUGCUGACAUUCUAGGUUUUGUUGGUUCUAUUUAUUAUAUAUUUGCUGCAUUAAGAGAUGACAAAUGGCUUUGGUUUCUUCCAUUAGCUGGACAAUAUGGUGUGGCUGCAGGUAGUGUUCAUGUAGAAACAAAAGCACUACCAAAAUAUGGGCGAUCCAAUGUACUUAUUACAGAUAUAUGUAAACGCAGAAAAGAAAAAAAUGAACAAUCUAAUGGGAAAAUCGACAAUAAUAAUACUAUGAUAUUUUACCUGUAG